GCAGCCAGCCCAGCAGGGAGACGGCCGCUGUCUGGCGGCCAUGGCUAGCCCUGAGUUUUUAUCACUGGAGCAGAGCCUCGAGGAGAAUCUGCCCCCGGCUGACCUCAGCAAUGUCCGGCGAAUCCUGUUUGGGAGAGAGACCAGGAAGCUCGACCUGCCCCCCAGUGCCCUGGUGGCUGCCUCUCAGCGGGACUUUGAGCUGCUGGCCUUUGCCUUCGAGGCCUCCAAGGAGCAGCUGAGACCAGCCAGGCCGGUCCGCGUGGGGCUGGUACAGAACCGGAUCCGACUUCCUCCAGAUGCUCCAGUGUCUGAGCAGGUGGGCGCCCUGCACGGACGCAUUGUGGAGAUCCUGGAGGUGGCUGCCCAGUGCGGGGUGAACAUUGUCUGCUUCCAGGAGGCAUGGACCAUGCCCUUUGCUUUCUGCACGAGAGAGAAGCUGCCCUGGACAGAGUUUGCUGAGUCUGCAGAGGACGGCCCCACUACCAGGCUCUGCCAAAAGCUGGCUAAGACCCACAACAUGGUGGUAGUGUCACCCAUCCUGGAGCGCGACGAGGCUCACGGGGACGUCCUAUGGAACACCGCGGUGGUCAUUUCCAACUCCGGGGCCGUGCUGGGCAAGACCCGGAAGAACCACAUCCCCCGGGUGGGCGACUUCAAUGAGGCCACGUACUAUAUGGAAAGUACUUUGGGUCAUCCCGUGUUCCAGACAUCCUUUGGGAGGAUUGCUGUGAACAUUUGCUAUGGCCGCCAUCACCCCCUCAACUGGCUCAUGUACAGCCUGAAUGGGGCUGAAAUCAUCUUCAAUCCCUCGGCCACCAUUGGGGAGCUCAGUGAGGCCCUGUGGCCCAUUGAGGCGAGGAAUGCCGCCAUCGCUAACCAUUGCUUCACCUGCGCCAUCAAUCGAGUGGGCGUGGAGCACUUUCCCAGAGAGUUCACGUCUGGGGACGGAAAGCCAGGUAGGUACGCAGGUGCUGCAUGUGUCCCAGGUAUCGGGUGGGCCUCAGCGGGAUUGGGGGAGGGGCAGGCCCUUUGGGAGCAGGAGGGGGAGCGUGUGCUGCCCCAGGGGUGUCUGGGGAGGUCCCGGGAGCCCCCUCCUGUCCCCGCACUCGCUAGAACCAGCCCCAUGAGGUGCCCUGGCCUCCUCUGGGUUUCUGAAGCACACUGCGACUUCGGCUAUUUCUAUGGCUCGAGCUACGUGAGCGCCCCGGAUGGCCGCCGCACCCCAGGACUGUCCCGAACCAGAGAUGGACUGCUGGUGGCCCAGCUGGACCUAAACCUCUGCCGGCAGAUGGGUGACCUCUGGAACUUUAAGAUGACUGGGCGAUACGCGAUGUAUGCAGAGGAGCUGGCCAAGGCAUCCCAGCCAGACUACAGGCCCCAUGUCAUUAAGGAGUAGAAGCCCCAGCCUCAUGGCAGAACCGUGUCUCCAUCUUCGUCAUCUCCUUCCUUCCCUCCACACCUCGGCAGCCGGGAGGGUCCCAGGGCUGCCAGAAGCCCCUGCGGGGUAUGAGCAGCACAGGCCUGGGACCUGAUCCCAGGCUACAGAGGGCUGCCCCCUGCUGGGGGUCACAGCGAGGCCCGAGCCCAAAGGAGCCCAAUGUCCCCUGACCCCAGCCCAGUCCAGCCCAUCCCCAGGCUGAAACCCUGACUCCUGGCCUCCUGCUGGCCAGUGUGCAAAGGCUCUGGGAAAGCCUGGUUCUUGUAUACAGGAGGCACCUAAUAAACAUGCAGAAACAAAGGCA